UCUCUCCAGCCCGUUGCAAUGUUCAAUAUAAAGUUAAUCAUCCUGGUUGCCCUGACCAUAUCCAUGGUCCAGAGCUGUUCCGUUGAGGAGCCGGAAGAGGUCCAGUGCGGGUGUAGGUGUGGCAAGCCGCAGUGCCCCUCGUGCGGAUCCCAAUCCUGCGGAUGUGGCUGCAAGCCCUGUCGAUGUGCUUCCUCUUGCGGGUGUGGCUGCAAAGAUUAAUCCUGGACUCCAGGACCCCUUGACGACUUCACCAUUAAAAAACCUUCGUUUUUCAAAUUA